AUGAUGGAGAACGACUGGAAAAUAAAGUUAACUAAGCUAUUGAAAGACAACAGUGACUCUUCGGGGCUCCUUCAUCCUGAAUACAUGCAAUUAGCUACUUUACCAUCUGAAGGGGACAAGUAUCCUCGUAAUCGUACUGUAGCAAUUCGUGGAUUCCUGAACUCAGGAUGGGAAACUGACAAGGAUGAUUUAGACACAGAUUUGCUUGUGUUUUCGACAGACGUGGAAUCGCAGAAAGCAAAGGAUAUUUCCCUUCGUCAAGCAAAGUCAACACCGACGGGUCCCAUGCACAAUACCUUUGAACUUUGCAGCUGGCUUCCUAAAACCAUGCAACAGGUUCGCCUUUGGGGCCAAAUUUGGUUCUACACUCCUGACCUCGCAGAGAAGAAUGAGUUUCCGAAAGAAGAUCUUCUAACCUCACAUUUAAGUCGAAACAAUAAACGCAUUCCUCAGGAAUGGUCUUGGGAAGAAGAACGUCGUCGCAUUUGGGAACACCAUAGUCCUAACAUGCGCUCUACAUUUGCCAAUCCUGUCACAUAUAGCGAUUAUCAAGGGGAAGUCCCUGUGGUACCACUUCCUGCUACUCUUACUGGUAAAGAAGAGGCUAAGGUUGCUAACCGCUGGGAGGCCGCCUGGAGACGUUUUGGACUGGUUAUUUGUGACGUCCAAGGUGUUGAAUUUCUCGACUUGAAUCCCCCUCCUGGAAAGCGCGUAAUUUAUGAGAAGAGUUUGGAAACAGGGGAAUGGUCUGAAGAGCGUGUGAGUGUUUGA